AGGAUGACUUUUGUUUUCUGUCGCUUUAAAUUUCCAUUCCUGAAAAACGAAAGUUAAGCCAUGUGCCCCUCCUCUUCACAUCACUUCAAUUUCAAACUGAACAACAACAACAACAUCACAUCAUUUAGUCUGACUUCAAACCAGCGACUUUAAUCAGCGUCAAGAGCCAAAACCAACCAAACUAAGAGAGAUUUAAAGAAGUAGUGAGUGGAGGAAGCUGCUGAAUCAUGAGUGCUGCUCAGAGUCAAACUACACUGGUGUCCAAACUGGAGGCCCUGCAGUGCCACUUCACCUGGGAUCUGGAGCCCAGCAGGUGGAAAAGUCUCCGUCUCCAGGACCAACUGAAGGACAUCAGCACCGAGGAGGGAAACAGCUGGCUGGGUCACAUUUACAACCUGCGGGGGUUUGUUGAAUACAAGAUGAAAAACAUAGAAAAUGCCCAGAGCUUCUUCAACAAGGCUGCAGAGGCCUUCUGCCAGCUGAGAAACGCAGACGAGGGUCCCUGGUUGGUGGUGAACUACGGGAACCUGGCUUGGCUGCACCACCACCUGGGGGACGAAGCAGAGAGUGAGGCUUACCUGUCAAAGGUCGACGCCCUGAUGAAUGAAUACCCGUCUCCAUCCCAGGACGAGCUCCAUCCGGAGAUCUACGCUGAAAAAGCCUGGACCCUGAUGGAGUUCACUGCAGGGAAAGGAGUGAUUGAAGAAUACUUUGAGAAAGCCAACAGGAUGCAGCCGGACAUGGUGGAGUGGAAGACCAGCUAUGCUUUAGCAUCAAUGAAUGUUUUUAAGUACAGCAGCACAGGGGUGGAGGCUGAAGUCUUGGAGAGAAUGAGAAUCGCCAAGGAACAAGAUCCAGAGAACUUGUACCUCGCUGCUAACUACCUUGUGCAACGUGCUAUAAAAGGAGAAAAGGUUGAAGAUGAAGCUCGUGAGUUAGCACAAAAGGUUUUGAGAAAUCCUGUCAGCAGCUACAGGGGUUUUAAAGCAUUGAUUUGGUUUUACAGAAACUAUGUUUCUGUUGACGAGGCUAUUGAUUUGGUAGAGGAGGCUCUGGAAAAACAUCCAGAUGAGCGUUAUCUGAAGAAAUGUGCUGCACUCUGCUACAAACAGAAGAUCGUCUGUAGCAGAGAUGGUUGCACAGAGCAAAGUGUGAUCAACAGAGCAAUCACUCUCCAUGAGGAGGUGAUUUCUCUUUACCCUCAUUCUUCUCUCAGGAUGAAAAUAGACCUCGCAAAUAUAUACGCAAAGUCAGGUUACAGUCUGGCUAAAGCUGAGCAGAUCUACCAGGAACUGUUAGAAAGUGACCUGGAACCUGCAGACAGACAGAUGCUGUACACACUGUAUGCAAAACAUCUGUUCUGGAAUCAAAAAGAUUACAACAGGUCGAUAGAAUAUUACAUGAAGGCAGCAGAGAUACCGCACCAAUCAGAGUUUCGUCAGAACAGCAUCACAACCCUGAGCAGCGUUAGAGACAAAAGCAGGAGCCGAGAAACUAGAGAGAAAGUAGCAGAGUUUCUGAGAAACCUGCCAGAGCUAUACUAGUGUAUUUAACAACACUGGUUCUAAAUCCAGGAGAAAAGAAUCUAGGUAUUGCAUCAGCAAAACUAUUCAAAUGAGUACAUUCAUAAAUUUGAUGACAUUCACAUGAGAAAAACCUGUUUUUCUCUGAUGGUUAGCGAUCAGAUUGUUGCACUAACUAACAGUUUGCCUUCAAUGCUUUCUUUUAUUUGUGUUUGUUUUUUAGAGGGUGCCAGUCAGGUUUCUCUCCUGACAUUUAACAUAGUUAAGUCUUAGAUUAGAUUUGUUGGUUUGGAUGCAUGCAUAUCAUAAUUACAGUUAAACACACACCCUGCACAAUAAACAACACAAGAAUAACACGAACAAAGUUCAGCUUCAAAACCAAAAGCAUGUAUUUGAUCA